UAAUUAUUUCUAAGAGAGCCGAAAAGAAGAGAAAGAGGGAGGGAAAGAGAGCGAGAGAGGCAGAGAAAAGGAAGAAGAGAGAAAGAAACGAGCGUGUAGUGUGAAAGGAACGGAGGGUGCGCGCUUCUCUUGUCGUCUCCUCGCGGAUUUUAGUCACAGUGGGUACGUCCUGUUGUACGAGUGAAAGCCGAGCUGUGACGCAGACCUGAGAAGUUUGCCAACAUUGUCACACAGGCCACUGAAGCACACAACAGGCCCGAUCAGCCUUUGGCAACCAGCCGUCGCCAUGGCAACCAACCGGGAACGGCAGGUGGGUCACAUGACUGGCUUCCCACCUGCUGUCUACCCCUUUGCCUUCAAUUCCAUGCGGAGCCACUCCCCCUUCGACCUGCUGACCAAUAGUAGCCUGUUUGGACGGUUUGGGGCGGACCUUCCCAAAGAGAUGGCAGCAUUGUCGGUGGAGACCCAGAGCACCAGUUCAGAGGAGAUGGUACCCAGCUCCCCUUCUCCACCACCUCCACCGCGUGUUUACAAGCCCUGCUUCGUCUGCCAGGACAAGUCUUCCGGGUACCACUAUGGUGUCAGUUCUUGCGAGGGCUGCAAGGGUUUCUUCCGUCGCAGUAUUCAGAAGAACAUGGUGUACACCUGCCACCGUGACAAGAACUGCCAGAUCAACAAGGUCACACGCAACCGUUGCCAGUACUGCCGGCUGCAGAAAUGCUUUGAGGUUGGCAUGUCUAAGGAAGGUGAGGAUUCAGGCCUCUGCCAGGCACACGGGCUCCGUGGCAUUCGGCCAAGACCCACAUACACCAACACAAAUAUAGAGACAGGACAGGAGACAGACGGGGACACGCUGAUAUAUUUUCCGAACAGACCGCACCAUCCUGAAAUUAACUGUUUGUGUGAAACAGGAGCAGAAAGGGCCAUAACUCUCAAGAUGGAGAUUCCAGGUCCCAUGCCUCCUCUCAUUCGAGAGAUGCUGGAAAACCCAGAGGCCUUCGAGGAUCAGGCUGAGUCCACAGAGAAGAAGCCCGAGCUCGAACAGCCCACUACUCCACCCGCCCUGCUUACUAUGAAGAAAGAGCAGGAGGACGAGGAUGACAGCUGGGCCACAGAGAACGGCAGUGAGCCUUCACCGGAGGAGGAGGAUGACGAUGACGACGACGGAGAGGAGGAGAGGGGUACAGACAGCGACGGAGAGGCCUGGGGCGGCCAGGAACCCAAUGUGGACGUGUCCAGAAAGAGCCAUGGAGGAAGAGCUCAGUGAGGAAGCUUUCUUCUUCCAGCCUUACCUGUACAGACACUCCUAACUCAGGCCACUCGGGCAACGAUGAGAGACAUCAGUGAGUCGAUUUGAAGAAACUCACGUAAAAAACCUCUUCUCAGGACCUCUCCCGCAGAACGAGAGGGAAGGCGAAAGACAAAACAACUGGCUUUUCAGACAAAAUAACUGCCGCUUUUAUAAAACUUGUUUGUUUGCUUUUGAAAAGGAGAAGCCAAAUGGACGUAUACCAUUAACAGCUGACUCUCAACGGGUUCAAAAAAGUCUUUCAAAAGAUAAUACAGGAUGAGAACUGAAAAUGCUAAUCUUUUUCUGUCGUCGUUGAUGCUUUUGAAUAUCAUUUUGACUUUUCAGCCUUGAGAUGGUUUGUUCUCUUUACAUUUUAUGAAUAAGCCCAUACAUAUCUAUAUAUACACCUUUAUAUAUUUUUUUGUCCUGUAUUGUAUUUUCUUAGUUAUAUUUUGUUUGGAUAGCUUUCCUGGGCAGACUUACAGAAAGAUAAUCGGAUUGCUAUAACUGGCAGACCUCUGCUGAGUCUUUAUCCAGCUGCUUGGUUGGGUUCUUGGGCACUUUGGCUCAGCAUUAGAUGUCAUUGAUAAUCAGUUCAGUGGCUGGGUAUUUCCCGUCGAAUGAUCCGUGUUUUUAGGAGAAUGCCAUUACGUAUCGGCUUUUAUUUGGUAAUAUGAUUCGCUGCCAAUUGAAUGGUGUGUCUGUGCCAAAGUUUGCAGCUUGUAGGGUUCAACUCCUGUCAGGGAGCCCAGCUCCAAACAGAAAACACCCACAUGUCCAUUACCUUCAAGUCUCUGCAUCAUGCAUAUGAUGUCAUACUGGACCGGUUUCAUUCAGAGUGCUCAGGCAGAAGUUGUGCAGCGCUCCAGUCAAAUUAAAAGACUGCGUGGGAUUUGACCUCAUCGGC